UUCUAAUCAAGUUCCCUUGCUUUCUGGCUGACCAAGCACUGUGAAUGUGUGAAGAACUUCACCGUAAGUAAGAGCUCUCCGUCUCUCACCAAUGGCAUGCUCAAGCUCAGCUUUGAUAACUACCUCUUUCUCUGUCAAACUUGCCAACCCUAGAUCACAAUCCGGUACUGCUUCACCAGCCAACAGACUCCUAUCUUUCAAGCUCUCAAAUCCAUCCAUCACCCAUAGCCUCAAACUCCGCUCAAAUCCAGCACAAUGCCCCAGCCUUUCGCUACCCAGAAGAUCAUUCGCUUGCAAAAGCCAGGCCGACCUAUCGGGCUCUGCUAGGCCCUGCAAAGUUCAGGAACUGUACGUUUACGAGAUCAACGAGCACGAUCGUGGGAGUCCUGCCUACCUCCGGUUGAGCCAGAAACCCGUAAAUUCCCUUGGCGACCUAGUCCCGUUUAGCAACAAAGUGUAUACUGGAGACCUGCAAAAGCGGGCGGGGAUCACGGCGGGAAUAUGCAUUCUCAUCGAAAACAAACCGGAAAAGAAAGGAGACCGGUACGAGGCGAUCUUCAGCUUUUACUUCGGGGGAUACGGUCACAUAUCAGUGCAAGGAGCGUAUUUGACGUACGAGGACACUUACCUGGCCGUGACAGGUGGGUCCGGGGUCUUCGAGGGGGUGUACGGUGAGGUUAAGCUACAGCAGCUUGUGUUUCCCUCUAAGCUCUUCUACACGUUUUGCUUGAAGGGCAUCAAGGACCUUCCAGAGGAGCUCGUCGUGAAGCCGGUCGAGCCCAACCCAGCCGUCGAGCCCACCCCUGCGGCUAAGGCCUGUCAGCCCGAUGCCACCAUUUUCAACUUCACCAACUGAUGUAUGCCGCUGAUGUUAAGUGCUGUUUGGAAAUUUCUGUUUGGAAGAGUCGGUGCUUGCUUACACGAUUGGAAACCAAAAUCUUAUCUAUUUGCCGUCUCAGGUAUCUCUGUGGCUGGCUCCACCGAGAGUUAUAAAGAUUAGAUAAAAAAUAAUUUUAUAAAUUAACGUGAAUUUAUAUUUUUAGUUAAAAUUUAAAUAUAUUUUAUAAUAAAAAUAUUUAUAAAAUUUAUUUUA